UAUGCCCCACAUAAUGACCAUCAAAUUAACAUUUAUGACCAAUUUCAGAAAAAUCAUAGUAUUUUGGUAGCAUGUGCACAACAAGCACCACAACAAGACACCGUCCAUCCAACAGACUCAAUGUUAGUGACAGGUGUUCAUUUUUCAUGUCUUAAUGAUUCACAGCUAAAAGCCUGUUUUUUUAUAUACGAUCUUGAAACGGAAACAUUGCAUAAGAAAAAUUUGGAAGGAAAAUUGACUGAUCUUUUUAUUCAUUGCAGCAUCAUUUCGAUCACUCAAGAGAAUUAUUUAAGAUUGAACCGAGAAAAAAGACUUUUGAAUGGUUUUAAUAAUAAAUCUACUGCUCUUUAUAAUGCACAUAAGAAACCUCUAUGGACAUGUCAUGAGCCAACAUUCGUUAGCCUUUUUCAUGAAAAUUGUCCAGAUUGUAGCGCAGGAUUUGCGAAUCUUGCACCUGAUUAUUUGAUCUUCAAUUCUUUAGGUUUAGGCAGUGUCCAUGAAUGUCUUCAAAUUUCUUACUUCAGCGCACCUCUCUCUCAAACAUAA